GCAACCAAUCAGUGUCAGUGUUCGCUAUCAAGUGACUCUGAGAGCGAACACAAGCGAACAGCUUCCAUAGGUGUUCCCCUAUGUGGGCGAACGCUUUUUGGACCGUUCGCCUUCUGUAAAGUGCUACUGAAAACGCCUAUAAUGCCCCAUGAUGAAGCUCCUAGCCCUGCGGGAAGCUGAGCUGCCUGACCCCAUGAUGCGCUGGAUGCAAACCGCUGACCCUGAUGACUGCCUGGAGGAGGAGACUGGCCAGGGCUCUUCCCAGUCCCCUGAAAGGGCAGAUGAUGAGAGGCAUGGCAGGAGGCGAGGUGGUCGAGUCCGGAACGGUCGCAAAAGGGCUAAUCAGAAGAAUAAAGCCCAGAAUGAUAUGGCUCCGGUUGACAAUGAGGUGGAAGUCGAGCCAGGAAUGCCCCUGCCUGAUGCGCAGCCUCCAGCACCUGUCCAAGAAUCUCGUUCCCAUGAGAACAGUGCCAUCUCAUGGUCCCAUGUCAGUCCUGCCCUGCUCGCUGUCUGCCUGCUGCUGCUGCUACAACAUGCCCAGCCUCACUGAGUUCUUCCAAGUACCCCAUUGGGCCUCCACAUUUCUGAAAAUGCCACAUUAUAUGAUGGAUUAAAAUGUUUUCCAUGUUAGAUGUGUAAUGCAGUUAAAAUGAGGUUUGGAAUCAGAUCUAUAAUUCAAAUUGAAAUAUCCCCAGAAAAUAUUAUUCAAGCAUCACACAAGUAUGUAUAUGUACAUAAAACACUAUUUUCAUUAAAUUCCUCAUCCUAGAUGUGCCAAAAUACAUGCUUUGAAAAUGAGAAACAAC